AUGUCCAUCACAAACGGCCAGUCCGCCUGGCAGCCUCCUCACUUACAACAUACAAACAGCAAUAGGAGUCUAGCACAUCUUGAUGAUGUCCCUGCGCGCACUCAGACUCCCAUUGAUAAUUCAAGUGUGCUGAUGCCUGAGGCACAGCCUGAUAUCGAGGACGAGAAUCGACGCGCCUUGUUCGCGGAUUUGUAUCGCCAGACCGAGGAUAAGGUCGCGCUGCUGUUUUCCGAAGAUGGUUCAUACAAUUAUCCCGCGAUCGCCGCUCUUAGACGUUCUCCGCCCCCUCCCGCCAACAUUAUCCCUCCCACAACCGACCACGAGCCCAUUAAAGAACCACCCCUAAAGAAAGCGAAGCGCACCAUCGAUGAAGACGACUACGACGACGAUGAUGAUGACGACGAUGAACCAUCACAGCCGGCGUCCAAAAUCGCCCCUGCCAAUACAUUACUCUCACCAUCCAAAUCAGGGAGCUCGCCUGUUCAUUCAGUGACAUCACCAGGGAAACACGGUGAUAAAUCCAAAGAUCAAGACGGCUCGCAUCCCAAGGACAAAGAUAGCGAGGAUUCUAUCAAGAAACUUGAGGAGGCUCGUACAGCGACUGAAGCUGCUGCUCGAAGGAGUUUCCAUACUAUCUUUCACACCCUGGAAAAUGACCGCGCAGCUAUGCUCGAACAACAGCAACUCGAAGAUUCUGAGAAGCAGCUGCAAGCCGAAAUGGACCACAACCACCAUCCAAGUAACAACCAUAAUACCGCUCCCAACCAGGGAACCCUGAGUAGUGCAAAUCUCGGUGCUUCCAGUCUGACCUUGAAACAUCUCAUCGCCCGCAUUGACAUGAAGCGAGACCAAGUCCGCGCCUCUGACGCUGAGCUUCGACUUUUGAUGAACGAGGUCCGCAAAAACAGGAGCAAAUGGGCUAGCGAGGAAAACGUGAAUCAAGAGGAAUUGUACGAAGCUUUGGAAAAAGUCUUGACAGAGCUCAAGGCGCAUACCGAAUAUUCCACCCCCUUCUUGACAAGAGUCAACAAGAGGGACGCCCCCAACUAUUACAACCUCAUUCAAAACCCCAUGGAUCUCGGUACUAUGACGAAGAAGCUGAAGAGUCUAACUUACAAGUCCAAGACGGAUUUUGUUGUAGAUCUUAACUUGAUAUGGGACAAUUGCCUCAGGUAUAACGAGGACAUGAAUCACCCCCUGCGACGUAUGGCAAACGGGAUGAGGAAAGAGGCAGAGAAGCUCAUUCCGCUCAUCCCUGAUCUUGCUAUCCGUUCUCGAGCCGAAGUCGAAGCUGAAGAAAGGCGGAAGCAGAAUGGAGGAGAAGAUGACGGUGGCGAAGAUUCUGAUGAUGAACCCAUAAUGUCUUCAAGGGGUCGUAAAGCUGGCGCAAAGGGCACAAGUAAAGCACGGAAGGCGCCCAACGACCAAAAGGAGGACACGCCAGCAAUCGACCAGAAGCCAAUAUUACAAGUGAACGGACUCUUGGGGAAAGUUCGUGAAGGCUCUGAGGUGGAUGGAAGCAAUGGCUUUGGAACUCCACCUAUUGGAGGAUCGACUACACCAUUGGGUCUCAACGGUCAUUCUGGUAUCGGAAGCAAUGCUGACGCCAUGGAUAUCGAUGAGCCUAGUAUCAAUGGCUUGGCACUCAACUCAGCGUUUGGUGAAGCUGCUGAGCAGGCUUUUGAAGACGAAGAGUAUAAGGUCUGGAAACAAACCACGAAGAAGGAUCGAGCACUAGUGGCCAAGGAGCGCUUUCAACUCUUCAAGGACAACAAAUUCAACACCGAAGCCCCUGCUCUUGUUCGAACAAAAGCUGGCAUGCGCCGGUUUCUGAAACGGCAGCGAGAGGCAGAAGCAGAGGGUAUCAUCACCCACACUCUGACGAAUUCAACAACUGUUGCCUCGGACGAUCCAGCAGUGAAACCAACGGAGACUUUGGCAGAGGAGAUUGAAGAAGAGGCUGCCAAGGUGAUCCCUGAUUAUUACGACACUCUGAGCAACAUUCCUGAUAUUCACCCAAAGCUCCAAUGGGUCGAAGACAAUGAAGGGCAGGUUAUCAACCAGCACGAGGAGUUCCUUCGAUUGGUACCAUCCGGAACGUUUGUAGCACCACCCGGUCGUUUCGCAAAGAAGAUGGAUGAAAACAUACAUCAGAUACAAGAGACUAGGAAACUUGCGACCAGAAUCUCGGUCAUCAAGCAAAUGCAAGUUCAAACUCAGGUGUACACAAACCAAUUCCCCAAGUCAAAUUCCGAUCCUUUCGUGGAACAGGAUAUUGAACCUCAUUUCAUUUCUGACGAUGGUCCUGUAAUGGCAGCUGAAGCGUGUCAAGACGCUCUCAAACGCUCUAUUGCCAAAGUACUAUAUCACACUGGAUUUGAAGAGCUUCAGCCUUCGGCCAUGGAUGCCUUCACAGGUAUUGCGGCCGAUUAUUUCCAAAAGCUGGUUCGAACUUUCAACGUAUACAACGAAUCCGAAAAGAAGGCGGCACCCACAAAUGCCGAAGGGUCUAGGUUCCAGCCCAGAUUUACUCCCGAAGAAGUUAUCCUCCACACCUUGGAUGAGAACGGACAUGACAUCAGCUCACUGGAACUGUACGCCAAGGAUGACAUCGAUCGACUUGGUGCCAAGCUGGGUGGUCUGCACGAACGAAUGAAGCUGCAUCUCACCGAUCUAUUGCGACCCGCUCUAUCCCAAGACGCUGGAGUCGAUGGAGUGGGAGCUUUCAAGGAUGGCAGUGAGCAAUUCGUGAGUGGUGACUUUGCUGAAGACCUUGGCGAAGACUUCUUUGGUUUCCGGGCUCUGGGUCUAGAUAAGGAGAUGGGACUUGAUAUGAUUUCUGUGCCCUUGCAUCUUCUGCAAACCCGAGUCCGCAAUAUCCACCAGAUGCAGACACAGACGACUGGUGAAGCAGCCACUGAGCUUUUCGAGCCCCUGCAAGUUUCCGAUCCAGUUACCAAGGAGAACAUCCAGGAGCAAGUUGGCCUGGUCAAGAACUUCUUCCUGGCUAAGCUGCACGCUAAUGGCGAUCAGCCCCUUGUGGAGGACGAAGACCUGCCUACAAAACAAAAGAAGCCCCGUCCUCGCUUGGGGGCCAGCGGAAAGAUUGUUACCGCUCAAAAGCGAUCUCCUAAGGAGCAGUUGGCUCUUGCAAAGAAGAAAAAGAAGAUGGACGCUGCUGCUGCUGAGGCCAGAGCAAACGCAAACGCGUCACCCGAAAAGGGGGUCAAUGCUCCACCUGGCAAGAAGAAGUCCAUGACCAGCACGACUGGCCCAGUACCCAAUCCUGCAAUCAUUGCUCUGGCGCCUAGUAUGGAACGACGAGAUAGCAUGCAAAGCCAGGGUAACGCUAGUCAAACUGACAAGGACGACACCAUCGGCAUGAUGAGCCCAGAAAGCAUCGCUCAGUAG